CGAUCACCAAGUGUCAGCAGAGUGUGGGUGGCAUGCGCAAUCGCGUGCUACAGAUUCGUCGGUGUCUGAAGCCUGCUGCUCGUCCGGCAAAGCCAGUGACCAGGGCGGACAUUCCCCUCAAGCCCAUCGUCCUGACGAAGGAAGCGAAGAAGCUUGCGGCGGAUGAAGCGUCCAAGAAUGCCUUGAUGCUCCGCUUCAGCAACGAAAACUCGUACUUGAAUUGGGCUCGUAACGGCGUCAUGUCGUCUGGCGUCGGAGUGGCCAUGUAUGCCCAAGAACACCAUCGCGGCGCGCAACUCAGCGGUGCAGGCUUGCUACUGCUUGGGUUUGGCUACAUUGGCGUGGGCAGCUUCAAGUACAUGUUUUACAUCUUGCGCUUUCGCCAAGUCAUGGGUACGUCAUGGCCCAGUGUCGUGGCGUCGUGUUCGCAUGCGGCGGUGGCGUUGGGCAUUUGGUUGACGGCCACAGCCUCCUUCCUGGAAAGCAUCCCCCUCGAAAUGGACGUCAUGUUGCUCGAAGAGCCGUUCAUUCAGUUCCUCCCGAGCCGCAUUGCCCAAGGGCUGAUCCAAACGUACAACCUGCAGCAGGACGACCCAGACCCGCGACCAGUCGACGCCUCAGCGUGACCCGGCCGGCGGUCAUUAGUCGCGUAGAGAACCCCGCAACAUGCAUCACCUUUAUGGACACUUCUCUGUUUCCGCAUUUUAUUCAGUGGGGUAUACACGUAUGGGAUAAGGAUGAGUUGUUUCCAG